ACUUUUCCGUUUACUUUACCGUUUGAAUCGCGACCGCUCGCACGCUCUUUUUUUCUGCCUCUGUCGUCGGUCUUCCUCCGAUUCUUUGCUCCUUUUGAAAGAGAGGGAGAAAGAGACAAUCGCGACAAAAACAAAAAUCAGAAACAGACAAAUCAAAUCAAACGAAAAACACACACAACAAAUCAAAAGCAGAAAUCAAAAAAGGGAAACACUUUUUUUCCAUUCCUAUUGUCUGCAGUUCGUCCAAAUAAAAAGUGCAUUUUACUACGCCAAGUGAAAAUCAAACAAACGAAAAUUCAAGUGCAAAAAGAAAUCAAAAGAAAGAGAUAACAACUACAAUAAAUAUACAACAAAAUCUGUGUACGCCAGUUAUACACACCUUAAAGCAUCCUGCAGGAAGGACUUCGUAUACAUUUUACUCGGAUCGACCACAUUCGGAUUAUUCCUCAACAAGCAGCCGAAGUGCCGGCAGCAACAACAACAAGAACUGAAAAAUUAUCCAUUUGCGGGAAUUGAGAAACAAAAUUCUUGCAGAGUUCUCUAAAAACGAAAUUUGAGCGACCAAAAAAAUAAUGGGGGAACUUGAGGAGAAGGAAACGCCGCCAACGGAGACAACGACCGCGCAGCAGGAGACGCUGGAGGAGCCCAAGGAGACGGACAAGAUGCUGGACACCACCAAGAAGACUGAAAAGACGCCCAGUCCGCAGUCAUCGAAGCCAGCCACACCCAAUGCGGGCAAGAAGUCCCCAGUGGGUGAAAAAGCGACUGAAGAGAAGGGCCAUGAGAUCAUAGACAUACCCGAGGAGAAGGAGAAGCCACAGCCGGUGGAGGGCAGCGGUGUGGCUGAGGAGAAAAAAAUCAGCAAGGAAGAGCGCGAAGUGAAGCCCAAGAAGAUACCGAUUGGUGGCCUGAAGCUGCCAGGUUUCUUUAUGAAGAACAAACCCAAGGCAGAGGGCGAUGGUGCCGAGGGAGAGCUGCUCGAGAAGGAUGCCGAAGACAAGGACAAAGAGGCGGCUGCUCUCAAUGGAGAUGCCGCAGCAGCAGCGGGAGCAGAGGCCAAGCCGCGUCCUGGCCUGGGACAGCGUUUGCGCAGCUUCUUUGUGCGCAAACCCAGCGCCGAAAAGGAGAAGAAAGCGCUCGUAAAUGGUGAUGCGGAUGCCAAGUCGGAAGCCACUGCUGAGGCUGCCGCUGUGGAGGAAGCUGCCGUGGAUCCACCACCAAAGCGCGGACUCUUGAAUGCCAUCAAACUGCCCAUUGCAAAUAUGAUCCCCAAGCAGCGCAAGAACGGCGACGAUGUGGAGAUGGGCUUGGGCGGCAAGGCGGGACUCGCAUCCAUGGAAACUCUGGAUGAUUCACUCAAGGAUCAGGACACGGUGGAUCGUGCGCCUGUGAAGAAUGCCAAUGGCACGGAUGACAUCAAAAGUGAACUGAAGGACGAGAAACUCGCCGCCGAACAGAAGCUGGCAGCCGAAGAGGAUGAACGCGAUCGUCCAGUGUCGCUGCUGCAGCGCCUUCGUGGCUACAAGUGCAGCGUGGAUGAUGCUUUGAUUGCCUUCGGGAUACUGCUCUUUGUGCUGCUCCUGGCAGUGAUUGGCUAUGUGCUGACGCAUGAGACUCUGACCUCGCCGCCGCUGCGCGAAGGUCGCUACAUUCUGGCGGUCACCGGCUGCGGACCCGUGGAGGGUGUCAAGGAGGAUGGCGCCUUUGCCUUCCGUGGCAUUCCGUAUGCCAAGGCACCCGUCGAUGAGCUACGCUGGCGCCCGGCACAGCUGAUUGACAGCAUCGAUGGCUGCUGGAAUGAUACGCUGCAGACGCACAACAGCAGCGUCGUGUGCACUCAGCGCUUGGGCAAUGGCACCACUGUCGGCGAUGAGGAUUGCCUCUUCCUGGAUGUCGUGACGCCCCACGUGCGCUACACGAACCCACUGCCCGUGGUGGUGCUCAUUGGCGCCGAGUCGCUGGCGGGUCCAUCGCCUGGCAUACUGCGUCCCUCGGCUCGCUACUCGCGCUCCCAUGAUGUGAUCUUUGUGCGGCCGAAUUUCCGUUUGGGCAUCUUUGGUUUCCUCGCUUUGGACGCGCUCACCAAGGAGGCGCACCCAAGAACCUCCGGCAACUAUGCGCUGACGGACAUUAUUGCUGUCCUGAAGUGGAUUCAAUUGAAUAUCGUUAAUUUCGGAGGAGAUCCCAAGUCGGUGACUCUGUUGGGACAUCGUGCAGGCGCCACUCUGGUCUCUGCGCUGGUCAGCUCCCCCAAGCUGAAGGAUUUGUACACACGCGCCUGGUCCUCCUCUGGAUCGGCUAUAUUCCCCGGCAAACCUCUGGCCGAGUCGGAGAAGCUCAAUCAGCAGCUGAUGGUCACCUUGGACUGCAGCGAUGUGGAGUGCCUGCGCGAUGCUUCCAGCGAGAAGCUGUGGGCCGCCACACCCGACACUUGGCUGCACUUCCCGCAGGAUUUGCCACAGCCGCAGGAGAUCAACAGCGGCAGUCGUCACGAGUGGUUGGUGCUGGACGGCGAUGUGCUGUUCCAGCAUCCCUCUGAGUCGUGGAAGCGCGACCUGGCCACCGAGCAGCCGCUGCUGGUUGUGGGCGCCACCGCCCAUGAGGCGCACACCGAGAAGCUGAGGGAGCUGCACGCCAACUGGACGAAGGAGGAGGUGCGCGAGUACUUGCAAAAUUCACAAAUUGGCGCCCUGGGCCUCACCGAUGAGGUGAUCGAACGCUACAAUGCCACCAACUAUGCCGCUCUGGUGUCCAUCAUCACGGACAUACGCACCGUUUGCCCGCUGCUCACGAAUGCCCGCCUCCAGCCGAGUGUGCCCUUCUAUGUGGUGACCCAGGGCGAGGGCGAGGAUCAGCUGGCGACAGUGGAUGCCGAUGUGCAGGCCAUACUGGGACGCUACGAGCCACACACCGUGGAGCAGCGUCGCUAUGUGUCGGCCAUGCAGCAGCUCUUCUACUACUAUGUGUCCCAUGGCACGGUGCAGUCGUUUGAGCCGCGUCGCAGGGUCAUCAAUGUGGGGCAAGAUGCACAGCCGCAGGAGGACUACGAGCAUUGCAAUUACUGGAUUAGCAAGGAUAUAGUGCCGCGCUAUGCGCGCAUCGAUUGAGCUGGAAACUAAGAGAUAAAACCAAAACCCAAAACACUUUCUCCCCAAACUUUUUCUUUGACUCUUUGUAAAUGGUUGCUGUCUGCAUUGUGUCUAGGGGGAUUCGUUUCUAAUAUGAAUCCCUGACCAAUGCACACAGCUACGCCUGCUGAUACUUCCUUUUCAGCUCCUUGGAGCUAAUCGUUUUGCAUUUAGUUUAGACUCUAAGUGACUCUAGUGUUUAUAUAUGAAUACUUUCUGCCCCUCACACUCUAUCGCUACUGUAUAUUUAGUUGUCUUACAAUUUAAGUUACGCCGUUCUUUAAGUAUCUCUUAUGUAUCUCUAACCAUAUAAUAAUACUUAUAAACAUAAAACGACGAUUAAACUUAUGCGCUAAUCUUACACGACACGAACCACACACACACACAACACAACAAAAAUAUAUAAAAAUUAUACUUGAA